GCGUGACGGCAAGGCGCCUUUUCUAGCCUAGCAAUUGUUUAAGGUCUCCUUGCUUAGCAUGAAACCAUAUACAAAGGGCAACCACACAUUCCCGCACAGCAAAAUGUGAAAGAAGCAGCGUCUCAAGCUCGGAAGCAAACUGCUACAUGUUAGAAACUCCCGGGAGACGGCACAAACGUGCCUCCAACGUGUGGCGCUUGUCCUAGACUAACCAAAUGCUUAGAAAGCACUUCUGACACUAUUUUGCAGUCACUACGGGCUGUGAAAGUCAUGCUUACAGAUAAAAAAAAAAAAAACUUAUUAUUCGAUAGCUAAGAAACACUCACCGGAAACUUAAUUGCAUUUGGCGUAAUGGCCCCUGAAAUAAUUUCAUUUGUCUUACUGUUGGCAUAUUCUUGAGCAUAAUUUGCCAUUUCAUUUCGCAGAUCGCUCAGGAGAGCGUAAUGUGCCGCUACAUGUCCACGUUCGACAGGCUCGUAUUUUGCCAGAACUUCGGACUUGAAUCGAUACCGAACCACCUUAAUCGCUUCAUCGAAUGCUGCCCUGAAAAGUGCCGCGACUGCACCCUGUCCAAGAGCUGCCUGACGUGGCAGAAGACGAGCGGCGGCCGCGACGUGCUCCUCAUGCUGCUCGUGGGCGCCGCGCUGCUCGCCUUCGUCACGGCGCUCGACUCCGGCCUGGGAUACGUGGCUCGCACCCGGCGCAGGUCGCGCGGGGCGCCCCCUUCCGAGCACCUCGGCGUCAUCGAGGAGCGCACGCGCGUGCGCAAGCUCAUCGCGGACGGCCGCGUCGAACAGGCGAGUGAUUUUCGGCUCGGAAGGAGGUGA